UUGGUUUCUAUAAAUGAGAAGAAGACGAUGUUUCGUAUGGAUCCCAAGCAACCAUACAACACAGUUGGCUGCGAUGGUCUUCCGAUCCCUGGGCGCCGUUAUAUGCUAGGAGAUGUCUACUAUGUAACUUACAACCAAGACACUGGUUUGCAUCAAGCUUACAAAUAUCACUAUGCGGAACCAGCUUACUGUGGCAUCGUUCGUCUAGUUCAUCAGGAAGGAGCGGAUGAAGGAGCAAGACACGCUCUCAUUCAAUGGCGAAUUGAACGGAAUCCAAUCAUUGGUGAUAAAUUUGCAUCUCGACAUGGACAGAAAGGAAUAAACUCUUUCCUGUGGCCUGUCGAAAAUAUGCCGUUUAGUGAAAGUGGAAUGGUUCCGGAUAUAAUUUUCAAUCCUCAUGGUUUCCCCAGUCGGAUGACCAUAGGUAUGAUGAUUGAGAGCAUGGCAGGAAAAGCAGCGGCUAUGCAUGGUGAGGUCUACGAUGCUUCUCCUUUCGUUUUCAACGAAAAGCACACUGCUAUCAACCAUUUUGGAGAAUUAUUAUCUAAAGCUGGGUAUAAUUAUCUUGGGAAUGAAACAUUUUAUUCUGGAGUGGAUGGGCGCCAGAUGGAGGUUCAAAUCUUCUUUGGAGUUGUUUACUAUCAACGACUCAGGCACAUGAUUGCAGACAAAUUCCAGGUGAGGGCAACUGGCCCUAUAGAUCCCAUAACGCAUCAACCAGUUAAAGGUCGUAAGAAAGGAGGUGGUAUCCGGUUUGGAGAAAUGGAGAGAGAUGCGAUAAUUGCUCAUGGAACUGCUUUUGUGUUGCAGGAUCGAUUAUUGAAUUGUUCCGAUCGUGAUGUAGCAUAUGCCUGCCGACGAUGUGGUUCGCUGCUGUCAGUGUUGAUGAGCACAAAGGCACAAGCUGUUCGAAGUAGAAAGGUGUGUAAAGUUGAAUUAUGGUCUGAGGAUACAUGUGGUUAG